AUGGCGGAGGCGUCCGCAGCCAAUGGGACCCACGACGUUGUUCUGAACGUCAAUGACAAGUCCAAUGAAGACUCCGGCAUCUCCAUCUCGGUCCCUUUCUUGCAGAAGUUGGUGGCAGAAUUCGCGGGGACAUACUUUCUGAUAUUUGCCGGCCAAGCAGCGGUGAUGGUGAACAAGGGCUACGACAACCAAGUAACGCAACCUGGGAUUUCCAUUGUCUGGGGUCUUGUUGUUAUGGUUCUUGCCUAUUCCCUUGGUCACAUUUCCGGUGCUCAUUUCAAUUCUUCCGUCACUAUCGCUUUUGCUUCUACGAAACGUUUUCCCCUCAAACAGGUACCAGCUUAUGUAUCGGUUCAUGUUCUGGCAUCGACCCUCGCGAGUGGGACUCUGAGACUUAUAUUUGAAGGAAGCCGCGACCAGUUCCCAGGAACAUCAGUUGCUGGGACGAAUCUUCAAGGUUUUGUGAUCGAGUUCAUCAUCACCUUCUAUCUCAUGUUUGUCAUAUCUGGGGUGGCCACAGAUAGCAGAGCGAUUGGUGAGCUGGCUGGUAUCGCCAUAGGGGCAACAGUGUUGCUGAAUGUUAUGUUUGCCGGGCCGGUGACCGGGGCAUCAAUGAACCCGGCAAGAAGCUUAGGGCCGGCGAUAGUGUGGCACCAAUACAAAGGAAUAUGGGUGUACAUGACGGCGCCGGUGGCCGGAGCAGUGGCGGGUGCAUGGGUGUACAACAUGAUAAGGUACACCGACAAGCCAAUAGGAGAGAUCACAAAGAUGGCCUCUUUUGUCAAAGCUUCAAACCGUUGUGGUUCCUCAAAGUGAUUUUGAUCAUUUGGUUGAUAAUAGGUCCUCAAAUCACUGCUUUUGUUGUUAAUAGUCUUGUAAUUAAAAGUUGUACGUAGAUACAAGAUUAUUAGAAAAUAAUUAGGAAACUUUUGGGGAAAAUCUUAUCCUUUCUUAUUCUAUACUCCUCUGUCGUUUAUAGGACAUAGAAUAAAUUUUUUUUAUCCUAUUUAUAAAAUAGAGAGAUAAAUUUUUCA